AUGGCCAUGCUCUCCGUAGGAGGAGCUUCUGCCUCUAAUGGGGAUAAUAAGAAUCCUAGUGAUCUAGUCCGGAUCACGUUGAACAGGAAACCUAUGAUUUUACUCCAGUUGACUCCUCAUGUUUCUCAGGAGAUUAAGCUAAAUGUGAGAGGAGGAGGUUGUGGAAACACAACAAAAUGGCGUAGCUCAAGUAGGAGGAUUGUGGAUGUGUCGUCUGAUGGGGUUAUCCAGGGAAAGAGUCCUGGAAUAGCCACUGUGAAGGCUGUUUCGACUUGUGAUCCUCAGAGUUUUGAUGAGAUUUAUGUCAAAGUUUUCGCAAGUGACGAGGAGGAUGUGUGCUAUGACAUGGAUGACAUGGAGCCACCAAUCUAUAGAUCGGUGGCAUGCAUGAACAGGAUGAUCGUAUUCAACGGUUUCUUUACUUAUAUCCUUGUCCAAGGAAUCCUUUGUUCUUGUAGACGUCUUGGCUAUAUAAAGACUCAUGUAUAUACUCAGUGUUCUAGAAGGCAUAGAAGGCAUCGAUCCAUGCGCCCGUUUAUCAUAAACGUAGAGGCGCUAGACCGUGAUAGAUUACUAGUACGUAUGCAGAGUUAG